AUUGUAUGGGUCAUCCGCAAAAUCAGUUUCAAGCUCAAACCAUUCAAAUAGAUUUAUUGAGGAUGCAUUGAAGAAACACAAAGUUAUUCCUGACUUGAUAAAAACAGCACCGCCCUGUUUACUGGAGGUUACUUACGGUGAUGUGAAAGUAAAUAUUGGUGAAGAAUUGAAACCAGAGGUCGCCGAAAAUAAACCCACCCUAAAAUGGCCAGUGAAAAAAGACAAAUUCUACUGUAUAAUAUUCAUCGAUCCAGAUAACCCAUCGCCUAAGAAGCCAAAAUGGAAGUCUUAUCAACACUGGGUACUCACAAAUAUUCACGGAUUAAAUAUAUCUUCCGGUGAACACAUUUCUCAUUAUAUGGGCCCGACACCACGGGAGACAUUAGACGGUAUUCACCGGUACGUCUUUUUGAUAUACGAGCAAGACGAACUCACGUAUUUCAUGAGACCUUACAUUAAAGCAAAGGGUGACCCGAUGCGGAAAAGAUUUGAUCUUGAUAAGUUCGUGGAUGAGUUUGACCUCACCGGCCCAAUCGCGGUCAAUUUCUUCUAUGUCACACCUAUGUACGAUAAAGUAACGACUACUGAAAUAGUGACGGAAUAUGAACUACCCCCAGUUCCCCAGUUUUGGACAGAUCCUCCCCCUGAUCACGAGGAUGUAGAAUAAUUUAAAUGACAAUACAUAAAACACUUCAUUGAA